UAUUUUCUUUCGUAGACUCCACAGAAAGUGCAACAGUGAUGGAGUACAUGAGCACUGGAAGUGACAAUAAAGAAGAAAUCGAUUUAUUAAUUAAACAUUUAAACAUGUCUGAGGUGAUAGACAUUAUGGAAAAUCUUUAUGUAAAUGAAGAGCCGGCAGUGUACGAACCUGGUCUGAUGACCAUGUGUCAAGACAGCAAUCAAAACGAGGAGCGUUCCGAGUCUCUGCUGCUUAGUGGCCAAGAGGUGCCUUGGUUGUCAUCGGUCAGAUACGGAACUGUGGAGGAUUUGCUUGCUUUUGCAAACCACAUAUCCAACACUGCUAAGCAUUUUUAUGGACACCGACCACAAGAAUCUGGCAUUUUAUUAAAUAUGGUCAUCACUCCCCAAAACGGACGCUACCAAAUAGACUCUGAUGUUCUCCUGAUCCCCUGGAAACUGACUUACAGGGAUAUUGGCUCCGGUUUCAUUCCUCGAGGGGCCUUUGGAAAAGUGUACUUGGCACAAGAUAUGAAGACAAAGAAAAGGAUGGCGUGUAAACUGAUCCCAGUAGAUCAAUUCAAGCCAUCCGAUGUGGAAAUCCAGGCUUGCUUCCGGCACGAAAACAUCGCUGAGUUAUAUGGCGCAGUCCUGUGGGGCGAGACUGUCCAUCUCUUCAUGGAAGCAGGAGAGGGAGGGUCUGUUCUGGAGAAACUGGAGAGCUGUGGACCAAUGAGGGAAUUUGAAAUUAUUUGGGUGACAAAGCAUGUUCUUAAGGGACUUGAUUUUCUACACUCAAAGAAAGUGAUUCACCAUGAUAUUAAACCCAGCAACAUUGUUUUCAUGUCCACAAAAGCUGUGUUGGUGGAUUUUGGCCUAAGUGUUCAAAUGACUGAAGAUAUCUAUUUUCCUAAGGACCUCCGAGGAACAGAGGUAAUUAUAGCCACACAAAAAUGGUUACCAUUAAGAGUGAAAAGAAAAAAAUAUUCGAGAAUUACCAUGGGAAAGAAGGACAAAGACCCAGAGGUGACUAUUUCUAGCAGCUUCAGCCAGCACACCUACGUGGCCACGUCUUUAUUUGCCUUAGGCAGCCUCCGCCGGUGUCUGGGUACGAACGAUGAGGGCUUAGUUUGCUUGCACGACCAGCCGCCACCACAGUGA